CAGUCCCACCAUCUACUGAGCACCUGGAAGCAGGAUACAGUAACAAGGCUGCUUUUCCAUUAGAACAUCGUACAUUAUGGAAUACACAGAGCUAGCCAGAUCAGCUGCUGAUAAUUUGCUUUCAUACAGCAAGGACCAGAGCGGUUGGAAACUCUGCAAGAGAACUGGAGGAGUUACUGUGCACUGGAGGCCGUCGUCUGAAUUUACCGGAAACCUAUACAAGGGCGAAGCUAUUAUUCCUGCAAAACCAGAACACCUUUGGGAAUGUUUGAAGCCAGAGCCUGGCGGAUUGAGAGUUAAAUGGGAUCAUAACGUAGAGGAAUUCCAGCUUAUAGAAAAGAUUACAGACGAUAUAUCUGUUUGCCGAACUGUAACACCGUCGGCUGCGAUGGGUAUUAUUGCUCCAAGAGAUUUCGUAGAUGUAGUGCUAAUUAAACGUUAUGAAGACGGGAGUAUUACAUCGAAUGCAACAAAUGUGACACACCAAGACUGUCCUCCCCAGCGAAGCUUUGUCAGAGGAUUUAACCAUGCAUGUGGCUGUUUCUGUGUGCCAGUUCCUGGAGAGCCAGAAAAAACCCAACUGCUGAGCUUCUUUCAGACAGAUCUUAGUGGAUAUCUUCCGAAAUCUGUGGUAGAAUCAUUUUUCCCAUACAGCAUGACUAAUUUCUACAGCAACCUUACAAAAGCUGUCAAGGAGCUCAAAGUAUGAUGCCAAAACAUUCAGCAGCAACCUGUACAAGAAGUUUGUGUGCGAUGGAGCUAGUAAUGCAGUAUAUGACACACAUAUUUAUAAUUUAAUUUUGAAGAGAGAGAGUUCUUUUACCUUUUAGGUUCGUAUAUACAUUGAUUUCUUGUGCCAGAAAGCGUUUGAUUAUUUUUACUCUUUUACUUUACUCUUUUACUUUGCUCCUUAGUGUUCACACCCAUAUUUUUAUAUCUCGAUUUUAGUUGUAAUUAUAUGCUCUACCAGCAAUAGCCAUAUAACCCAUUAUGUAGCAUAUG